UAUUCACAUAGUUUCAUUCAAUUGUUACAUUUUUCAGCUUACCAAAUUCCCAAAAUUCAAAAUCCCCCUUUUCAUUAGUUUCUUGUUUAUCAUAGAUUUCACUUUUCUUCAUUAACAAUGGGCAAUGCUUCUUCCUUGCUGACUCAAUAUGACAUUGAAGAAGUUCAAGAACACUGCAAUCACACAUUUUCACAGCAGGAGAUUCUAUCAUUGUACCAGAGGUUUUGUCAACUGGAUAGAAAUGGUUGUGGAUUUGUCUCUGGAGAAGAGUUUCUUUCAGUGCCUGAAUUUGCUGUCAAUCCUCUCUCUCAGAGGCUAUUAAGGAUGAUAGAUGGGUUAAAUUUCAAAGAAUUUGUGGCAUUCCUAUCAGCCUUUAGUGCUCAUGCCAGCUUGCAACAAAAGGUUGAAUUUAUAUUUAGAGUUUAUGAUACUGAUGGGAAUGGAAAGGUGUCAUUCAAUGAUAUGCUGGAGGUCUUGCAAGAUUUGACUGGACCAUUUAUAUCUGAGACUCAAAGAGAGCAAGUUUUGACGCGUGUUCUUGAGGAAGCCGGAUAUAGCAAGGAUUCUUCACUAGUCCAAUCUGACUUCCUGAAGAUUCUUGGCAGCUCUGAUCUGAAGAUGGAAGUUGAAAUUCCAGUAGAUUGAAAAAGGCACUUUGCUUUAGUUGACAUUAGCAUAUACUUUGCACCAUCAAGAGUUAAACAAAAGCUUCUUUUGAAUUACUAAAUUUAAUACAUGUUAUGAUGA